AUGAGACCUCAGAAUUUUCUGGAGUGUCUUGAUCACGAAACCAACCGAAAUGCAACCAAAUGUUUGCACAACUUACGAUGUCUGUAUUCUCCUGGUUCCUCGUCGAAUUCAGUGCAUGCUUUAUUUAAACGAACUUGGAAUAUGUUUUGUACCGAAUCACUCAUCUUUUCCCAACAAAAUGCAUAUUCACAAGAACCUGGAACAAGUCUUAAUAUACUUUUCUCAUCUGAUCAAAAAGCUUCCGAAUGCAUGAAAGCAAUUGAAUUUUUCUUCAAAAGUGCCCACGCAAACGACGCUAAACCUUAUUUAGUCUUAAUAAAUCCCAAAAGUGGAUCAGGGAAUGCUCUAAAUGGUUUUAACCUCGAAAUUUCCCCCAUUUGGAAACAAAUGAAUGUUCCAUAUGAAUUAUUUUGUACAGAAUAUCCAGGCCAUGCAGAAAAUUUUAUCAGAAAUUUACCAAAAGCUAGUCUUUUACGUUAUCGAGCAAUAGUUACGUGUUCAGGUGAUGGACUAGUGUAUGAAGUAAUUAACGGAUUCAUAUUAAGAAAAAAUUAUGAUGACGCCAUUGAUGAGGAUACAAUACCUGUUGGAAUUCUACCAGGAGGUAGUGCUAAUUCAACUGCUGCUUCAAUUUGUUAUCAUUCUGGUUUACUGGGUAAAUCAUCACUUUUAUCACACUGUGGCUUUCUGUUAACAUUACCAAUUGAAAAUUUACAAAAUAGUCAAUCUAAACAAGUUAAUGAGCAAAGUGAAAAUUACAAUUUUACUUUACCACUUUUACCGUGUAUCAGUCCGAUGAGUGGUAUACACUUUGGAACAUGUGACAGAAAUUUUCAUCGAUACGGUAUUCAAAGUAUUGAAUGGGGUUUCGUCGCUGAUUUGGACUACAAAAGUGAACGAUUUCGUUGGAUGGGUGAAAAAAGAUUUUUACUUUAUGCAUGUUACUACCUUAUGAAGAAACCAACAUAUCGUGCUAAAUUAUCAUACUUACCGUUUGAUAAUGUACUAUACCAAAAAAACAAGUAUAAAAAUGAUGAACUGGUUCAAAAAUCUUCUGUACCAUCAACGGCAUGUGGAAAUUCAAAUGAUUUUACAAAUAAAUUAAACGUAUCUCCUACACAGAUCAAAAAGUCGUGUCAAUCCUGGUCAUUUCUACCAGAAAUUAACCAACCUAUUUCUAAUCACCAAGAUAAAUGGGUCACUUUAGAUAAAAACUUCGUUACAAUAUUAGUAACAAAUCACUCUCAUAUAACAUCUAGUACCGUAAUGUAUCCGGAUGCUCAUAUCAGUGACCCAUAUUUAACUUUAUUAAUUCUGCAUGAAAACACAACAAGACUUGAUUUGUUAGCUUUGGGACGAGCAAUGUCAAAUGGUCAAGGCCUACAAUCAACAUCAAACAUGGAUAUUGUAAAAAUUUGUGCUCUACGAAUAGAACCGUAUUCUAAAGAUUCAGUCAUCACAAUGCUGGACGGAGAGCUCAUGCCUUCAGGCCCAUUUCAAGCAGAAGUACCAAGGUUGUAUGAACUCCAUAUUUCAGAAUUUCAUUUUGCUUAUUUGAAACAAAUCAGAACUUGA